AUGGUGACGGCGGCGGCUUCUCGAGUUCUCGCCACCGCGACAUGGCUCCUCGUCGCCGCCUGCGCGGUCCUCAUCGGCGGCGCAGAGUCAGAGCCGUGGCGCGUCCACGGCGGCGGCGCGUGCUUCACGAGGCUCUUCAGCUUCGGCGACUCCAUCACCGACAACGGCAACUGGAUGCACUACGCUCGGUCGCCAGGCGCCGUGGCGAGGCCGCCGUACGGGGAGACGUUCUUCCGCCGCCCCAACGGCCGCUUCUGCGACGGCAGGAUCAUCAUCGACCACAUCGCCGACGCGUUGGGGAUACCGUUCCUGACGCCCUACCUCGCCGGCAACAAGAGCGGUGACUACGCCCACGGCGCCAACUUCGCGGUGGGCGGCGCGACGGCGCUCGGCCGCGGCUACUUCAGGAGGAAGAAGCUUGACGCCCGUUUCACGCCGUACUCCCUGCGUUGGCAGAUGCGCUGGCUCAAGAAAGUCCUCCGCAUGGUUUCGUCACAGCAAGGUGAUCUGAUGGCGAGCUCGUUGUUCCUGCUCGGAGAGAUCGGCGGGAACGACUACAACCAGGCCUUGUUCCAGGGCAGGUCCGUCGACGAGGUCAAGACCUACGUCCCCGACGUCGUCGCCGGCAUCAGCGCUGCUCUCACCGAACUGAUCGGGCUAGGCGCCAGGACGGUGGUGGUGCCCGGGAACUUCCCGACGGGGUGCAACCCGGGAUACCUGGCGCAGUUCCAGACCAACGACACGGCGCAAUACGACUCCAUGGGCUGCCUCCGGUGGCCCAACGGCCUCUCCGAGCUCCACAACCGCGCGCUCAUGGCGGAGCUGGCCGAGCUCCGCCGGCGCCACCGGGGCGUCGCCCUCGUCUACGCCGAUUACUACGCCGCCGCGAUGGACAUCACCGCCGACCCCCGUAAGCAUGGGUUCGGCGGCGCGCCGCUAGUGUCGUGCUGCGGAGGAGGGGGCCGUACAACACCAACCUGA